AAUACAACCACUCGAAAACUACAUUUCCUAGCUUCCUUUUCACGGACUCAAACUGAAGAAAAUGACCAAAGAGGGGUUCGGAGCGGGGCUUCUGUAGUCGAUUCUGAAACUCUUUCUAGCGAAUAGCCCUGUAUUCAACUACAGUACCCACACGUCACUGUCAGUCCUACUCGAGAGCGUUGGUUAGCCAGGGAUAUCACACCACUGUCUCUCACUCUCUCCCUGUAUCAACGCAUUGACAUAGCUAGUAGAAGACAAUAAAACAUUUCAAGCCGAAGAUGGCAGAGCUUGGAGCGGGGAGCCUGCUGUUGGGGGAUCCUGCUUUUAAUUACCAAGAGGCCGAGCUAAAUGAACGAUUGAAGCGGCUCUACCCGGCCGUAAAUGAGGAUGAGACCCCCUUACCCCGAUCAUGGAGCCCCAAGGAUAAAUACAGCUACAUCGGGCUCUCACAGAACAAUCUGCGGGUGCAUUACAAAGGUCAUGGGAAGAAUCACAAGGAUGCAGCGUCUGUGCGUGCCACUCAUCCCAUACCAGCCGCUUGUGGGAUCUACUACUUUGAAGUGAAGAUUGUCAGCAAGGGCAGGGAUGGGUACAUGGGGAUUGGUCUGUCUGCCCAGGGGGUCAACAUGAACAGACUGCCUGGUUGGGACAAGCACUCGUAUGGUUACCACGGUGACGACGGACACUCCUUCUGCUCUUCAGGGACUGGCCAACCAUAUGGCCCAACCUUCACCACUGGAGAUGUGAUUGGCUGCUGUGUGAACCUAAUUAACAACACCUGUUUCUACACCAAGAAUGGCAUCAGUCUAGGUGUAGCUUUUACAGACCUCCCUCCAAACCUGUACCCCACAGUGGGCCUGCAGACUCCUGGAGAGAUUGUGGAUGCUAACUUUGGCCAGCAGCCCUUUGUGUUUGACAUUGAGGACUAUAUGAGUGAAUGGAGGGCUAAGAUCCAUGGCAUGAUCGCCCGCUUCCCCAUCGGCGAGAGACUGGGGGAGUGGCAGGCAGUGCUGCAGAAUAUGGUAUCCACCUACCUGGUGCAUCAUGGGUACUGUGCUACGGCCACAGCCUUCGCCAGGGCAACAGAGACCUUGAUCCAGGAGGAUCAGACCUCCAUAAAGAACCGGCAGAGAAUACAGAAGCUGGUAUUGGCAGGGCGUGUUGGAGAGGCCAUCGAAGCCACACAGCAGCUGUACCCUGGACUUCUCGAACACAACCCCAAUCUACUCUUCAUGUUGAAGUGUCGGCAGUUUGUGGAGAUGGUGAACGGUACAGACAGUGAGGUACGAUGCUUUAGUGUCCGCUCCCCCAAGUCCCAGGACAGCUACCCUGGCUCCCCCAGCCUGAGCCCCCGACAUGGAGCCACCAACCCCAAUCUGCACAGUGCAGGAGCAGACAGCCCCACAUGCAGUAACGGGGUCACCCCUCCCAACAAGAACAAGAGCCACAACAAGUAUCCAGGCGUCAGCUCUGCCUCCUCCUCCUCUUCUUCCUCCCCUUCCUCUGUCAAUUACUCUGAGUCCAACUCCACUGACUCCACCAAGUCCCAGCCUCACAGUGGCACCAGCAACCAGGAGGAGACCAGGUGUGUGGCAAGUGACAGUGAGAUGGAGAUUGAGGCUGAGCACUACACUAACGGGGUGGCAGAGAACCCCUCUGCUCGGAUCAUGAAUGGCACCUACAAGCACCAGGAAAUCCUGCAGGCUCAGGACAUCAGCCUGGGCAACGGAGUGGCAGAGGAUAGCUGUGCCUCCAGACAGCUGUGUGGAGGGAACCAAGCAGCCACAGAGAGGAUGAUCCAGUUUGGCCGUGAACUGCAGGGCCUCAACGAGCAGCUGUGCCGUGAAUACGGCAAGAACGUCACACACAAGAAGAUGCUGCAGGAUGCGUUCAGUUUAUUAGCAUAUUCGGAUCCCUGGAACUGCCCAGUGGGGCAACAGUUAGACCCAAUGCAGAGAGAGAAUAUCUGCUCUGCUCUUAACAGCGCCAUCUUGGAGUCUCAGAACUUGCCUAAGCAGCCCCCUCUGAUGCUUGCUCUGGGUCAGGCCACAGAGUGUGUCCAGCUCAUGGCCAGGGUCCGCUCAGGCUCCUGUUCCUUCGCCAGAGUAGACAACUUUUUGCACUAGCCCCAGUCCAGGCAAUGUUCAGGACUGCUAAGAAGAGGUCUUUCCAAUGGGUUGCCAGAUGACUGAGGAAAGCAUGUGUUUGAAUUGGUGUGUCGCUUGCCAUUUGGCAGAAGCAGAUGGACAGGGGAAUGAGUAGAACAUGACAAGAAAGCUUAUUUUUAAUUUAGUAUUAUCAAAUACAAAAUGUGUGACUCUAUUUAAAGAAUUCAUUAUUAUUCUGUUUAUCUAGUCAUUUUCUAGGUUUUAUUUAGUCAGUUUGUUGUGCUCAUCUUGGAAGGAAAAAAAUCUAAUUCCGUUUUUGUUUUUGAGUGGAUUUCAAUUCCCUAAACAGUAUUUUAAAGAUGUUCAUCAUAUCAAAGAAAUUCACAUUGGCAUGCUUUGUUGUUACCAAGCAAGAUACUCUGGUUUCUUUCAUUUAGAACUCAGGUAUUCACAGCACAUUUGUCAUCUCAGUAUGGGAUAUUGUAGACAGAGGUAGGUUUACCCAGCUGUACAGUGGCUCCAAUUUUAGGACCUGCAUUUUUUGGUUCAAAUUCUUACUAGUUAGUAUGACUUAACUCCAGAAGCUCAUUUAAUUUAAAGUUAAAGAUCUGAAUUGGCUUCUAACCUACUGGUCACCACAGAGCAGCCCCACACAGCAGCAUUCAACUCAGAUCACACAAUGACACUGAUUCAUUUGUGAGUUUCAAUAUAAGUGUAGGAUAUUUCCCAUCAAGUGUCUCCACUAGUUUGAUUUGUAACCUACAGUAAAAAUACACAGACAUACAGUACUGUGGGGAAUUUGGAAAUCACUCUCUGGUUUUUGACUUGCUAAUUAUAUUGAAGAUAUGAAGAUAUGAUAUAUAUAUAUAUAUAUAUAUAUAUAUAUACACAAUUUAAUGAUAUAUUCAAUAAAAAAGUUAAACUGAUUGCCAAAUACAAGGCUUUUAAUUUGACCUCCCCUGUUCUAAUAACCAAUGGUACUUGCCAUUGGCCACACUUAAUUCACAGUCAUUCAGUCUUUUCAUACCAGUGCUUUGACAGCCAGCCCAUUAUCAUAUCAUCGCGAACAUGCUUAUUUUUCCGCUUUCUUGCGGUUCUAUUUUUCUCACAACUAAUGUGAAGCUGUCGCGUUAAUACAUAAACUCUAAACAUAGACUCGGUCACUUUUACAAACAUGUGACCAUAACUUUGUUCGUUUGUUUUUGUUUGUUUAUUAUAGUCACAGUUGAAUAUGUUAUUUGUUUUCUCUCUUUCUUUCAUUACAGUAUGUAUUCUCCUAUUUUUAACAGAUAUUCUCUUGGCACAUGGGACAGUUGUCGAUCAUUGAUGUAUUAACGCAGUAUUUCACCCAGCCAGCAGGAGGCGCUCCACUGUGUUGAAUGUAGUUUAGCAGAUUAUAUUACGUUUGUGCUUCAGAUUUGCUGCUGGCCACCAUGAGAUUGAUAUCCCCUGUACCUGUAAGACAUAUUGCAAUAUGUUUCAUUAACUUUUUUGACAAUCCUGCAAAGCAUGUUUGUGAAGCGAAGAGGUGGUGGGUGUAGAAUACAUCAGCUUCUGUGUUAGUGUUUGGUAGAUGUUGGUAGAUGUUCACAAAGGCCAUUUUGAUUGUGUAAAAAAAUAAUCUUUACAUUUGGACAACAUCUCCUAUCUGCAUCAUGGGCUUAUACCUGCUAAAAUAUAUACAAAAACAAGAACAAAUACCUUAACUUAAUGUGAGGGUCCUCUAUGCGGCCUACCCCGGCCAAACCCUAACCCAGACGACGCUGGACCAAUUGUGCGCCGCCCUACAGGAGUUCCAAUCACGGCCGGGGCGGCAGGUAGCCUAGUGGUUAGAUCGUUGGGCCAGGUUGCUGGAUUGAAUCCCCGAGCUGACAAGGUAAAAUCUGUCGUUCUGCCCCGGUAGGCCGUCAUUGUAAAUAAGAAUUUGUUCUUAACUGACUUGCCUAGUUAAAUAAAGGUUAAAUAAAACAUUUAAAAAUAAAUAUUGUAUUGCAGUCGGAAGCAAAAUACUUGAUUUGUUUUACCUUUUAUUUAACUAGGCAAGUCAGUUAAGAACAAAUUCUUAUUUACAAUGACGGCCUAUCCCGGCCAAACCCUAACCCGGACGACACUGGAACAAUUGUGCGCCGCCCUAUGAGAGUCCUAAUCACGGCCGGUUGUGAUACAGCCUGGAAUCGACUGCUGCGCCACUCGGGAGCCCUUUAUCCCGAACCUGUUAAAGACUGACAUACUGAGGCACAUCAUCUUUCAAGCACAUACCUAUACACACUGUAACCCAUGUUGGAUGAGUUUUUAGUUGUUUUAAUUAAUGUUGCUCAAUUAGUUAAAUCUUUAGGUGGAGCUAUCCAUUCGCAUGGGUUUUCACUAUAGAGUUUACCAGUAAUUCUGAACAAUACAUUCAGUGAUGGACUUUCAAUAUUGGAAGCAGCCAGCAGAUAGAUUUUGAUUAUAUCUUAUGACAUUAUAACAAAGCCUGAAUCUCUUGAUGGCUUUCAAAAACAGAAAAUGGCUUUUAAACUCCUAUAGCCACCCAAAAUGUAUAUUUCCAUUUUAAGAUCAUUCAUUAUGAAAUAGAAUGACUAAUGUUUAGGUGUGUGUGUGUGUGUGUAGAAAGAUCGUAAUCUGUCGAGCUUCUCCUGGGACUUCUAUAGACACACCUACAGUAGCAAACAAUCUCCCUGUUCUCCUUUUAUGUGUUAUGUUUUUCAAAUGGAGAGGUGAAGGGAAUGGAAUUAGGAAUUAAAAACAAACAAGCUGUGCACAAUUUACUUCUAUUAUUAUUUAAAUUUCAUAUUGAGUUUAGCAAUUGUGAAGUGAGUUACCCUCUACUUGGCAUGAAACUUUUAGAACCUUUUAAAGAAAAAAAAAAUAUAUAUAUAUAUUAUAAUGAUAAUAAAAAAAUAAAAAACAUACCUAUGUACUAGAAAGAAAUAUUGUAUUCUGUUUAAUUUUGACAGAAUUAUUUUUAUUAAAAUACACAUCCAUAAGCAUA